AUGACCACCAAGCCUACCAAUGUGACUUAUACUGCUACUGAUGAAAAUAAUCUAUAUGCUUCCUCGGUACAAUGGAUAAUAGACUCGGGUGCAUCAGAUAUUAUGAAAGGAAAUAUUGAUCUCUUGGAAGAAUAUAGUGAAAGCAGCUUACCAGCUUCUAUCAAAAUAGCAGAAUUCUCUCUCACUACAGUCAAAGGGAGUGGUUUUGUUACAUUAAACAAAAAUCUACUACUUCAUAAUGCACAGGGUUCGAAGAGAGUGAUUGGCAGUGCUAGGCUGGGCAAAGGACUGUACACCCUUGGAGAAAUCAGUCAGCCUAGCAUUUGCCAAGAACCAGAUUUGAAUCCUGUUGCAGCUGAAAUAGAAGGUAAUAAUGGUUACCAAGAGGCUACUAAUGUUGAUUUUGAUGGCUUUCCUAUUGUUAUUAGGAAGGGGGUAAGAAAAUGCACUGCUCAUCCCAUAAAUAAGUAUGUUGCAUAUGGUAAAUUACUGUAUAAUUUCAGGGCCUUCACUGCUAGUAUUAAUAGUGUGAAAAUCCCAAGAAAUGUGACAGAAGCAUUUCUAUCACCCGAGUGGGAAAAGGUUGUGGAAGAGGAGAUAAAAGCAUUGCAAAAGAAUAAGACAUAG